AUGUCAGAGAGUGUAAGUUUAUGAUCUAAGUUUCCUACUGCCUGUUUCAUCGAUUUUACGUCCAAUUUUUAAGAUUUGUUGGCAUUUUUGACCUAAAACAAUGUUUUGAUGGUUUCUUUUCGAAAAUUAACUCAAAAGGAGAUUUUUAUGAUGCUAACGGCUAGCCUAGACCUUUAUACUGCUGAAUCCAUCAAAAAAAAUUUGGUUUGUUUCCUAAAAUUUAUUUUUCCAGCUCAAAUUAUAUUGUUAUUCAUGUUUCAGUUGGAUCGAGCUUAUUCGACCCCUAAAACAACUAAGCCCAGACUGAACACGACUGUUCCUCAAUUCUCACCAGCUACUCCACAUAAGGAACCGGUCCCCUUUGGUGCACCUUUGAAUCGGGCACAGAUUAGCGAGGUAAGCGAUGUUAUCCAUGAGUGCUUGAUGGUUUAGGUAAAGAAAGAUGUAUUUCGAAGGUAAUAUGGAGGAUCACUGGUUGUAGCAGUUAGAUGUAGCCGUUGUCUUGCUGUUACACUGAAUUUUGCGACUUGUUUAUUGGUUCUUAAUCCUGUACCUUCAAAUUUCCCUAGUCGAUUAUCAGUUAUGCGUCCUUUCCAAUAUUGCGUCAUUGGAACCCUCUACCCUCCUAUUUUCAGCCACUAGCAUGCUCAACUCGUCGUUUGGAGUACCUCAAAGCCAAAUCAUUCUUUGAAUCAAAGGCUGAAAAUAACAACCAACAAUCGGAGCCGAAUUUGGAUACAAUUUCCGAUUUUUAUCCGUCAGAAUCAUGUGAAACGCCAUUAUCUCGCGAUCCGAAUUCAAAAAAAGCCAAAAGACGUGAUUAUGGCGUAAGUAGCUUUUUGUUUUUUUUCUGUUUUUAGGAAUCUCGGACAUUGUAAUAGACAACUGACGAGUUUUGAUUAGUUUGAUGGCAAAAACAGUUAUUGAGAGAAGUUUGGAUAUAUAUUUGACCUUUCAAGGUCCUUGUUGUCUAAAAGGGAUGCUUUAUUGCCUUAUGUAGACAUAUUUUUUCUGAGACUUUGACAUAGACCUAAGGUAAUAUAAAAUUUCUUCAAUUUCUUCCAGAAAGAGCUCGAAGAUCGUGUCAGAGGGAUGUUUAUGCGUCCUGAGUUUGAACCACCGUCUCCACAAAAGAACUACACCCAGACUUCCACCUCAAAUUCCACUACUCCUCAGCGCCACUUGUCCAUGAAACCUUACGGCGAUCAAGUCGUCGAGGAAGUUAGUGUCCACACCGCCAAAUCCUUGGAAUACAACCGUAGCUGCGCCGUGAGCCCAAAGAUUUAUCGUGCGCCCAGCAGUGUGGUCAGAGCUGAAGAGACAGUAGAUGAGCCUACAAUAACCCAGGAAGACCUCAGAAAUGCGCAUCAGGCCUCGGUCUGCGACGAUAACGCCAGCUAUUAUACGGAGGUGUCGUCGAUUGUGCCGGCGGAGAUGGACCACACCAAUGCCGCGAUUAGAACCAAUAAUGAGAUCUGCAAGGUAGGUCAUGGAUAAUAUUGGUGAAAGUUGGUGGAAAAGUGGAUCGUGAGUGUAUGGGAAUGAUCUGAUUUGGUGUGAAAUUAAGUGUAGUUUCUGAUUAGAUAAAAAAUUUCACAAUUGAACAACCAAAUUUUAUUAUAUUGACCAUUGGUUGUCAUGGAUAAUGUAUUGGAAAAAUGAUUAAAGAAGGUGAAAACAAGUGGUUAGAAGGAGAUGAAUGGAACUAUUAUGACAUAUUAUCUCUAUUGAGUUGUAAAAUUUUUUUUGAUUUAUCAGAAAUUUGCAUAUUUUCUUUUAAAUAUGCAAAUUUUACCUCGCUAUAGGCAGUAUAAACCUUCGUAGACCCUACCUCACCUUUUACCGUCAAAAACGCCACUACUUUCAGUUUUAUUUCAACGUGUAAUAACCUUGAUCAUUAAUGUACAAUAUCGUCUCAAAAUAUGCAAAUUUCCCAAAAAUCAGAAAAAAUUUACUACUCAAUAGAGAUAAUACAUCAUAUUAGUUCUAUUCAUAUCCUUCUAACCUCCUGGUUACACCUUCUUUAAUCAUUUUUCCACUAUAUUAUCCAUGACAACCAAUGGUCAAUAUAGUAAAAUUUGUUUGCUCAAUUGCGAAAGUUUUUGUCUAAUCAGAAACUACACUUAAUUUCACACCAAAUCAGAUCACUCCCAUACACUCACGAUCCACUUUUUCAGGAAAUUCUCGACCGAAUCGAGCAUCUGAAGACCACAAUUCAUUUGAAUUGCGAUCUCCUCGGCUUCUAUCGCACUCGUCUUGUGGGCAAUGGGAGUGCCGAGGAGCUCCAAGCCAACCGCGAUCUCCUCGUGAACCUGGAAGAGUACGCGGCGCUGAAGCGGGAACUCCGCCGACUUGAUGAUUACAUCGAAUUGAAGGUCCUGCAUCCCAUGGGAAGACGACAUAUCAGCUAUAAUAUGGACUUGCUGAGCAUGCGACUCAAGUUGAACAGGAAUUAUUAUAUGAAAACUGUGGAUGGAUGUGAGUUUUUGGAGGGAAAUGACAGUAGUAGGGGUGUGGAGGAUGGAGAAUUUAUUUUUUGGACAUUUUGAGGGAUAUUCUUGAGAAAAUGAAAGAAAUUCUGGGUUUUUGCCCCAUUUUCGGAACUUUUUUUUUGUAUUUGCACCUCAUUUUUCAGCCACAACUUACGCAUUUGUCGCUCUGAUCAAGUGCGGCACCAUUGUGAAGUACACCAAGCCCACAGUCGUCCAUGAACAUCGCUCGGUCCGGCUGGCGACUUUGAUUUUCAAUGAUCCGAUCAGAUUGGACAAUUUACCCAUCGACUUCCGCGCCCAUAUUGAAAUUUAUCAGAUGGUAAGGGGGUUUUUGUAUUUUUGGAAGGAAUUGAGAUUAUUUUUGGGGGGUUUGGGUCAAGUGUUUCCCUCGAGUUGGAGUUUUGGAUCAAGUUUUUUUUGUUGACAGUUAUUUAUUCGGAAAUUGAAAUCUAUGGGGUGUUAGGAGAUAAUCAGGCUAUUUUUGAAACGAUUGGAAAAUUUGGGUCAACUGUUCCCAGCCGUUUCUAAUCUUGGGUCAAGUGUUUCUUUCAUUGAAUUUUUGUGGAAAAAUUAAAAUUCAAGAGUUGCAAAUGACGUUUUAAGGGUGUUUUAAUUGAUUUUGAGCUCUGAGUCAAGUAUUUCGCGCUAUUUUUGAUCUUGGGUCAAGUUUUUCUCUCAAAGAAAAAAGUGUAAAAUACGGUACGAAAAAUCGUUUUUGAACUUUUUUAGCUGAUGAUAAGGUUAUUUUCGAAAGAAUUCGAAAUUUUGGGUCAACUGUUCCUUUCGGUUUCGUAUUUCGGGUCGAGUGUUUCUUCCAUUCAAUUUUUGGGAAAAGCGAAAUUCAAAAGUUCCGAAUAACGAUUUUGAGGGCGUUUUAAUUUGUUUUAGGUUGGGGGUCAAGUGUUUCUCUCUAUUUAUGAUUUUGGGUCAAGUUUUUCUCUCAAACAAAAAAUUGUGAAAUACGGAAUAACAAGUCUUUUGUGAACUUUUUUGGUUAAUUUCAUAUAAACCACGGCCUUUAUAGAGUCUGCUUUCCUAUUUGUAUUAUUAUUUUUUGCGUUUUCAGAAGCUCGAAGAUCGUCCCGAUCCUCCGUCCGACUGUCUGUUCGCUUGUGGCUCGAAGAAGAUGGAAAAAAUGGAGAGAGAAAUGCAUCAACGCCAACUGUCAAUCCACCCAAAUUGGCUGGAGUCGGAGUUCAUUCGUUGCGGAUGGUUGGUGGUGACCAGUGAAAUGGCCGGCAAAAGAAGAUUCUUAAUGCACGAUGUGGAAUAUCCGCUAGAAGGAACGAUCGAAUUGAAAAUUAAUUGUUCGGAACUACCUGGAGUCAUGGAAGACGCGCUCAGCGGUUAUUUGGUGGGAUUUUGGGCGAUUUUUUGGGAUUUUUUGAGAUUUUUUUGAUGAAAUUGCUGUCUUUGAUGGUUAUUUUUGGUUUUUUUGCAGAGAGUUCAUCAAACCCGCCACAAUCGCAAACCGGAAUGGGUCACUUUCUUUGUGGAGCUCUACAGAGGAGUCCUGAACUUUUACCGCACUGAAACCGACAUCUAUAAUCAUCGGGUGAGCUGAUUUGUCUAGUGUAAUAUAAAAAUUAGACUUUUUUUUGGUUUGGCGGUUGAACUAUGCUUGAAAAUGUUGAUUUAAGGCAUGCACAAUGUCAAAUAUCGUAUUUUACAAAGAUUUUUAAUCAGAGAAACACUUGACUCAAAUUUUAUUUUGGGGGAAAGACUUGACUCAAAAUGAAAAGUUUGUAUUUUAGCAUUAUCAAUGGAGUGGAAUAUAUUUUUGUUGUUUUCAGCGCCCAUUCGCCGUCCUUUCCAUAUCCGACAUCUGCUCCAGAGAGGUCUCCGAAGCCCGCGAUAAAUGGACCGAUGGGACCUUUGUAUUUUAUUUUGACUAUGUCUCAACCAGUGGAAAUGAUAAAACAAUCUCUAGAAGGUAAGCUCGAUAUCAGUUUUAGAGUUUUUGCAUAUUUUACAAGGUGUUUUGGCAUGAGAGAAACAGUUGACUCAAAAAUUUAUUUCGGGAGAAACAGUUGACCCAAAACAAUUUUUUUGAUACUUUCGUAAUUUGAAGUCGUUUUUUCGUAUUUUAGAAUUCUCCUGGCCUCCGAAACAGAGGAUAUGUGCACUGAAUGGCGCUCCCGCCUCAACGCUAUCAUCAAAUUGGUGAAUGGCUACAGAUAG